AACUCACGCUGCCGCCACCGGCAGCAAAAGUUGUGCCGUCUCCACCACCACGUCACCAAUUAUUAUCAUCCUUUUGUGGGCUUAAACUCCUUAUUGGGCCCAGAAGUAGAAUUUUAAGCUGCCCCGCUCCGAACCGGCCCAAAAAAAGAUCCGACUUGAACCGGUUUACCCAUAACCAUAAAACGAAUACAACAUAGAACAAAGAAACCCUUACUCUUCUAAAACCCUUUCUUCUUCAACCACUUUUCUUCAUUCUCUCAACAAUGUCACCAAGUUUCAUCUUCGAUCCUCCCAGUGACGAAGAAAUCGAAGAAUUAUCCGAACACGAAUCAGACGAAGAAGAAUCAGAACAAGAAUCACAAUCAGAAUCAGAAGGACGAGAAUCAGAAUCAGAAGAUGAACGCAUAGAGGAAUCGCGAGUUUCCAAGAAGAAUACAGUGUCUCCAUGGGACUUCACAAAAUACUCUGAAUCAGUUGUUGAAGAACACGCUCGCAGAAGUACAACUUCAGUAGACGAUAAAAUCUAUGCCGUCAGAAAACGUUCAGCGCCGGUUGUUCCUUUGCCUGACUCCGACGAUGAUAGUGGCUCUGACGCCGAAGCCGAUAAACAUGAAGAUUAUAGAUCAGAAGAAGAAGAUGAAGACAAGGGUAAUGCUGGCGACAAAAAGUCCUUUUUUGCUCCUUCUGAUGGAACAUCUUUCAGUGCUGAUUCGUUCUUGCAACUCAAUUUGUCUCGUCCUUUACUCAGGGCUUGUGAGGCCUUGACUUUUACUAAACCAACACCAAUUCAGGCGGCUUGCAUACCAUUAGCAUUGACUGGUCGUGAUAUAUGUGGAAGUGCCAUUACUGGAUCGGGAAAGACUGCUGCAUUUGCACUACCUACUUUAGAGAGGUUGCUGUACCGUCCCAAACGCAUGAAUGCAAUAAGGGUCCUUAUUCUUACUCCAACCAGAGAGUUGGCAGCCCAAGUUCUCAGUAUGAUUGAGCAGCUUGCUCGUUUUACUGAUAUAAGGGGGUGCCUGGCUGUUGGUGGUAUGCCAAUAAAGGAGCAAGAGGCUGCCUUGAGAACAAUGCCAGACAUUGUUGUGGCUACUCCAGGGCGCAUGAUAGAUCAUUUACGCAAUUCUAUGUCAGUGGAUUUGGAUGAUCUUUCUGUUUUGAUCCUUGAUGAAGCAGAUCGUCUUUUGGAGCUGGGGUUUAGUGCUGAAAUUCAGGAAAUUGUUCGAUUGUGUCCCAAAAAAAGGCAGACCAUGCUUUUUUCAGCAACCAUGACUGAGGAGGUUAAUGAUCUUAUUAAACUUUCCCUAUCAAAACCCCUACGUCUUUCUGCUGAUCCAUCUGCAAAACGGCCAACAUCCUUGACUGAGGAGGUGGUUAGAUUAAGAAACAUGCGUGAAUCGAAUCCGGAAGCAGUUCUUCUUGCAAUGUGCUCCAAAACUUUCACUUCAAAAGUUAUCAUUUUCAGUGGAACCAAGCAAACUGCACAUAGGUUGAGGAUUAUAUUUGGAUUAGCUGGAUUGAAAGUUGCUGAGUUUCAUGGAAAUCUUACUCAGGCCCAACGUCUUGAUGCUUUGAACCAAUUCAGGAUGCAGCAAGUGGAUUUUUUGAUUGCAACUGAUGUGGCUGCUCGUGGGCUUGACAUUAUUGGUGUUCAAACAGUUAUCAAUUUUGCAUGUCCACGCGAUCUCACCAGCUAUGUUCAUCGAGUGGGUCGUACUGCAAGAGCUGGAAGAGCAGGAGCUGCUAUUACAUUUGUUACCGAACGUGACCGAUCACUUUUGAAAGCUAUUAUAAAGAGGGCUGGUUCAAAGCUGAGAAAACGCACUGUUGCUGAGCAAUCUAUAUUAAAAUGGUCUAAAACAAUUGAGCAAAUGGAGGAUCAGAUUUCUGAAGUACUUGAAGAAGAGAGGGAAGAAAGGAUCCUAAGGAAAGCUGAAAUGGAGGCCACAAAGGCCGAAAACAUGAUUAAACAUAGGGGAGAUAUCUACUCCCGCCCGAAAAGAACCUGGUUUGUUACAGAGAAGGAGAAGAAGCUUUCGGCAAAAGCAGCAAAGGCAUCCUUGGAUAAGGAAGACGGUCCUUCUCAUAAGGUGGUUAGUGCCCAGCAAGCUGAAGACCUAAAAUUGAAGGAAAAGAGGAAGCGGGAACGAGAGAAAAAUAUGCCUAGAAAGAAGCGCAGAAAGUUGGAAGCAGCUAGAGAGAUGUUGGAGGAUGACGAGCAAGAUGACAAACCAAGAGGUAAGGGGACAGAUAAUGAAAAGGCUGGAUUGACACUUGCUGAUCUUGCUUACCGACGUGCAAAAGCAGUAAAGGCCACCAAGAGGGCACUAGACUCUGGCAAGAUUGUGAAGAAGCCUCAAAAGAAGUCUAAUAAAUCUAAUCCUUCGCGAAAGCCUUCCUCUUCAAGGACAGAAGACAUGCGGGAGCAAUUCCAAAAUGACAUGAAGGAUAAAAAGCCAAAACAGAAAGGUUCUGGAAUAGGAAAGAAGGCAAAGAAAUCAUUCAAAAGCAAGUCAAGGUACAAGAGGAAGUAGUCUGAGGCUAACAAUCCUUGUCAUAGAUAUAUGCAUGGAAAGUCAGGAAACUUGCAAUGGAAAGUCAGGGAUCAGAUCUUGUCAAUUGCUUAUGCCAGAUCCAUUUUGGUCACUUGUAUUUGCACCUGAUGCCUCCUGUUUAAGAUGUGUACUCAAUGAAGAGGGUGGUGCACUGCCAAUGUUUUUUUUUAAUUAUUAUAUUGUAUAACCUUAGCUUGAUUCUUGUCAGAAUUACAUUUAUAGCAAAUCAAUUUUGUAAUCCUAGUAUGUGAUUUUGAGUUCCAAAUGUUAUCAAUAGUAGAAAAAUAUUUAUGAAAGAAGCUCAUAAUUUUGUUGCUGUUGA